AUGCUAUCUGUGGACCACAACUCAUCACAACAAUAUUACCGCUUUCAACAACAGCAACAGCAACAGCAACAGCAACAGCAACAGCAACAGCAACAGCAACAGCAUCAGCAUCAGCAUCAGCAUCAGCAUAACAACAACAACAACAACAACAACCAUCAUACAAAGCUGGACGACUUCACCUUUGGCAACUCAAACGACUUUGGCUUCUCGACCUCGACCUUUCCCUCAACCGAGCUCUCUGCGUCCAAUCUCGAGUACCUCAACGCCGCAAUCGCCUCUGCGUUUUCGUCUGACUCGAUGCGGCCCGAAAGCUGGGACGCCGCCGCUCGCUUCUCAACUCCCAAAUUUGGUCGUCUCCCCCAUCAACGAGAAUCCUCUCUGUCUUCCCUGGGAUCCGCGGGGCCGGCGUCGCCCUUCAACUCGCACAUCGCGAACCCCCACAUCGCCGUCACUGACGCCAAUGGUGACGGCUUCAUGGACAUGCACUCGCACGACAUGACCAUGAGCUCAGCUAGCCCUUACUACCAGCUGGCCGCCAAGGCGAUGCCCCCCUACUCAAACAACUUCCACCACCUCGACAACGCCUCUGUCAGCGAGAUGGCAUAUCCAAUCUCCAUCCCGACCAACAGCCACCACAAGCUGCGACAGGAUCGCAACCUCCUCCCCGCCCCCGAGUUUGCAAACGGCCUGACCCGAUCACAUCCCGCUUCCGUGGCGAGCUCAAUAGCAGGCGACUCGCCCGCUACUCCCGUCGCAGGAGAGGUUGAUCUCUCCGACAGACGAAGGCAAGGUAGGCGCCGACCUCUCAACACCCACAACCAGCCGAUUGACGACCAAGACUCAUCAUUUUGGCUCGCAGGUCAUGGCAAUGGGACCGUCCCCAAACUCGACCGCACGAUGACGGACGUCUACGGCGAUGAGCUGUACAACCCAAACUUCACCAUCACCUCAUCGCCACAGCAGAGCCAGGUGACGGCUGCGCCCAGCGACGUCUUCAACCAGCGCAUCAGUGCCGCGAAUAGCCAGCACCUCAGCACCAUCCGGCAUUCGCCUACGUCAAGCAUUUCUCGAGACAUCUCUCCCUUCCGCCAUGGGUCUCCACUUGCUCCUUCGCCACUCCACGACUGGGCUUCCUCCCACGGUGCCGUGGCCAUGAAUUCACAGCCGCGCAUGCCGGGCCAGGACCGCAAUGGCCAGCACGAUGCCCACUUCUUCCAGCAGCAGAUGACCAAGACGACACAGCCCGGAACGCCCCAGACCAUUUCUCCCAAGGAUGCCGUCCUUGAGUUUAACGAGUCUGGAGAGGAUUCCAACAUGCCCCUGUUCUCUCACACGCCAAUCAACUUUGGCAUGGACCACAUGGGCAGGAUACUGCCCGAGGGAAGCGUCAACGGCCCCGCAUCAGCGGCGCCCAACUACGGCCAGGGGGAUCACGCAGGCCACAUGCACAACUUGCCUCAGGUACCUCAACGAUACCCGUUUAUUGCCUAUCCGCCACACAGCCAAGACGCAUCAGCAUCUCAAUUGAGCUCUGCCGAGUCUAAUUCGACUGGAUCUGCGGCUUACAACACUCCCGCUCCCCAGAGCCGCCCUGCCGGCGCCAACGCUGAUGGAGGCACUUACACCUGCACAUAUCACGGCUGCACACUACGGUUUGAGACGCCCAACUUGCUGCAGAAGCACAAGCGUGAAGGCCACAGGCAGUCGCACGGACUUGCCGGUGCUACUCGGCCACACCACGAUCACAUGGGGAUGACCUCGAGCCUGCUCAACAGCCAGGCCGGACCCCACCGCUGUGACCGCAUCAAUCCAAGCACUGGCAAGCCGUGUAAUACCAUCUUCUCGCGACCCUACGAUUUGACCCGGCACGAGGAUACCAUCCACAACGCCAAGAAGCAAAAGGUGCACUGCAACCUGUGUACCGAGGAGAAGACGUUUAGUCGCGCCGAUGCGCUGACGAGACACUACCGGGUUUGUCACCCUGAUGUUGAGCUCCCCGGCAAGCACCGACGACGCGGUGGAGCUUAA